AUGGCGAGAUUGUCUGUGAAAGAUGGGACGCUCCAAGAAGGAGUCGACAUGAACGAUAUGGACGAACAAUUUCGGAAAGACGUCGCUUUCGCUGCUGUCUGCGGGAAGCGGUACAAGGAUUCCAACGAUUGGUUGAAGGACGGCGCCACGAAGAUCACCCUGGUCAUGCUGGCUUUGAUGCUGGAACCGCUGCGCUACCUGACUGGAUUUUGGAUGAAAGCGGCAUCGGACCUUGAGGGCCCCUGCAGACCUCCACGGUUGAUGGACGUGGUAUACCCACCAUUUGAUCCUACCCUGCACGCUCUGCAAUAUUUGGGUUCUAUGUUGAGUGGUAACGUCAGUCGGCUGAUCUUGGUUUGGCGGACCGCUGGGUGUGAGACCUUCCAGAUGUGGUGCCGACAGUGUAAGGGGCAAGUGCGGCGUCUGCGGCGCUGCUGUCUAUUGACGGCUUGCUGGCUGUAUCGGAGACACCUGCUGAAGUAUGACCGAUACCCGUGGCUUUUGGCGACCCUGGCAGAUACACGCAGGCCCGAGGCUGAACGUGAAGCAGUCGCCUCGAGGUUUCUGAAUACGCAGUCUUGCUGCCUGCGCGAGGGAAUGGCGCGCAAGUUGAAGGCGCACUUGGAGCAGGGCAGCGCGACGGCCCGAGACAUGUUGCAGGGUACCUGGAUGCACAUUUGGUUUUACUUCGCAGUCCUGGUCACCAUGCAGGUGGCCGACAUCGAGUGGCGACACGGCCGCAAUCGUUCCCGAUCCAACAAGCACGGCCAGACCAGCGUGAGCCAGUUCACCGCGAAGUAUAUCGGCUGCGAGGCCAAAAACUUACACGCCGCGCAGGUCGCGCGCAUCAGGUUAACUCACGACCGCUCCAAGAAGGCGCUGGCAGACGACCCGCUCGAGCCACCUGGCUCGCCUGGCGGGCGCGACGUGGGCGAAGGGGGCGAGAACAACACUUUGUUGCGGACGCCCUCUGCGUUUAUGUUGUGGAGGAAGGAGGCGAUCCGCCGCGAUCGCCAAUUAGGAUCACAAGUGAACCCUGCCUCCGAGCUUGAUUGGGCAGCCCGCCGCAACGAGUGGGCCUCUUUGACCGCGGAGGAGAAGCGGACCUACGAGGAGGAGUCCGAGAAGUUGUCUCCCAUCGCUAAGCGGAACCGUGAUUUGAGAAGAGAGCAGGCUCGCGCUAUUCAGCGGGCUCGAGUUGCGGAGAUUGGGAAUUUCAUCCACGGCGUCGGCGCGGGCGCCGGGCAGGCGGCGCGGGGCGACCCAGGUGCGCGGCUUGCACUUGAUGAUGGCGUCGUUGGGGGCGGCCGCGUAGCAGUGGCCAGCGCAGACAGGCGUUGCUCGUGCAUGCUUGCGCCCAGCACGGGCGGCGCAGAGGGGGGGGUCCACGGGGCGUCGCCUUGGGCCCACCAGCCUCGGUACCAUUCGCUGAACAUAUCCAGCGGCUUCUCCGUGGAAGGCGAAUGCCUUCGGGCUGGGAGCGUGCUGCAGGCAGCUGUUACCGCAGAGAGCCGAUUGCAGGAGGAGACGGCGUCUGCCCCCCUGUCGGGGGACAAUUUGGAGUUUUUGCGAAGCCAGCGACGUGAACAUGGGAGUGCGCGGCAGGCUGCGCAGACCUCCACGAAGAAAGCGAACACUUUCGUCAAUCCCGAGGCCCCGCCGUUCCCAAACGAAGUGACUUAUCCUGAGUGCUGCCCAUAUGGGCUCUGUACGAAGCAGCUGUCACCCCAGGAGACGAGGUUCUUCAAUGAUUUUCGGGCCUGUCUGGAUGCCAUCGCCCGCUCAUUCGGAAAGCCUGCGCCCGCUUGCCUCGCACAAGCCGACGUGGUCCUCGGCAUGUUCGUGCAUCAGGACCGGGCGAAAGAAGCCGACGAUGUCUUGUACGUGUCCUUCCCCGCCGCGUCUUUCCAGGCUGGCCGCGUUGCACCGUCGCAAACGUUCGUGGUUUGGAGCACAGGGUCGGCUUCCACCGGGCAGGACGAUUGCGUGGGUAUCCAUCUGAAGAUUGCGUACAAUCAGUUCCAGCGACCUGGUAAGAAGGUCCGCGCUCCUUUGGAUCAGCAGGUGCAGGGUUCCCCCAAGAUGCUGACAGAGCAUGCGCUCUACGCUCGGUUGCGAUGCCUGCUCCCUGAUGGCGAUGAUCUUUUGGAUGGGCCAGUAUUUGAUGCGCUCAUGAUUCGGAAAGCGAAAUACGAUGACAUCACCAUUGAGGAGAUUGUCAUCCAGGGAUGGGACGAGGAGUUUGGCACGAAGGCUGUGCUGGCGAACCAUGUUGUCCCGAAGGGGAAGAGGCGCAAGACCGAUGGCGUCGACUUCAUGGACCUGCUGGCGCCGCCCCGUGCUCGGCGGAGCGAUCAACCAGGCUGUGGAUCUGCCGCGAGUUCGUCUACCCAUGCGCCCGUUGCCGCCGCCCCCGUUGAUCCACCGGGCAGCGUGGAUGCCCACGAGAAUUUGGAACAUGUGAUUGGCUUGGCGAAUGGAGCUGCCGACGAAGCUGCUGCUGAGGUCGCUGACGUUCAUGCCGACGACCACGAGCUGCAGGGCAUCAUGCAUCCAGACAUCGCUGAUAUUUUCGGUGUCUUGGAGGCGGCAGAAGGGUGCGCCGAUGACGAAGAAGACGCUCACACUGAAUCCGAUGCACUGCCAUCUGCUGAUGAGCAGGAGGUAGGAACAGAUGAGCCUGCUCCUUCAGGGCCCCCUGGCCCAGGGCCAUCUGAGCCAUCUGUGGCGCCGCCGCCAGCACCUGCCGCACCUGCCCCGCCAAAUGAGAGACAAGAGCUCCUAUCACGGGUGGGUUUAGCAGAGCCGUCAAGAAACCGAUUUUCAUUUUCAGACGACGGUUCAGUCUCGGGCGUGGUGUACACAAUUGGUGGCAAGGGCGUUAAAGCAACUUGCCAGCACCACCAUAAGAAGGCUUGUAACAUGUACCUCACCAUUAGGGAGGGGGAGCCCGUCGAGGAAAUCGAGCUCCGCUGCAUAGAGUGGCUCGGCAAUGCAAGAGGCCUGCCGUUAGAGCGCCACAUGGACAGAGCGCGCGAGGUGAAGAUCUCGCGGGGCAUGCGCCCUCGGACUUAG